AACCAACCGCUGGGAUUAUUACAACGCCAAACGGCACUGUCCCUCAUCCCGCCCUGUACAUGUGACGUGUGUUUACAAAACAAAAGCACUCCAUUGCAAGAAAAAAAAUAUGCGCAUCGACAUUUCGUACGUAAGAAGCUUAUUAUAGGUCGUCAUGAACUGUAGAUCAGAAGUCCUGGAGGUGUCAGUGGAGGGCAGGCAGGUGGAUGAGGCCAUGCUGGCCCUCCUGCACACGAUCCUCCUGCACCGCAGCACAGGGAAAUUUCACUAUAAAAAAGAGGGCACGUACUCCAUCGGCACGGUGGGAACUCAAGACGUGGACUGCGACUUCAUCGACUUUACAUUCGUGCGAGUGUCUUCUGAUGAGCUGGACAGGGUUAUCAGGAAAGCGGUAGCCGAGUUUAAGGAUGCUCUUGGUAAUUCUGGGAGUGAUGGCAUGGGUCAGAUCUCUUUGGAGUUCUACCAGAAGAAGAAGUCCCGCUGGCCCUUCUCAGACGAAUGCAUCCCGUGGGAGGUUUGGAGCAUCAAGGUGAACGUGGUGAACCUGGCCAAUGAACAGGAGCGUCAGAUCUGCAGGGAGAAAGUUGGCGAGAAGCUCGGAGAGAAAGUUAUCAACAUCGUGGAGGUCAUCAACCGCCACGAGUAUCUUCCCAAGAUGCCCACACAGUCGGAGGUGGACAAUGUAUUCGAUACAAGUUUGAAAGACGUUCAGCCGUAUCUGUACAAGAUCACGUACCAGAUCACUGACUCUCUGGGCACGUCAGUGAGCACGACCAUGAGGAGGCUGAUCAAAGACACGCUGGCAUUGUAAAGGACAGUGAAACAGCUUCUUGGAUGUUUAUAAUGAUCGUCUAAAAAGAGAAAAUCACAUUAAAUUGUUCCUGAAUGGGAUUUACACUUUCCCUGUAUAAUAAUGGUAUCCAAUAACUUUAUAUCAGCCAAUUCAAGCAUAUUAUUGUUAUUUCUUUUUUUUUUU